UUGUGGGUUAGAGCUUAAACUGUUGGACGUCAGAGAAAUGGCAAACGUUUUCACGAAACGGACAGGGAAACCUAGAUCCACGACGCUGGGAGAUUUCUGUGGACCAGAGAAAACAGCUCCACGUUUAAUUCCACGACCACAUUCUCCAACGAGACUGGCAAACCCACAUCCCGUGGGCCUGUUUUACCAACCCAUUAGUAAGAAUAAAAAGAGUUACGGCAUUUGGCAUCCCAAUUUCCAGAAGAUAGCCGUAAGAAUUCCUGCGAUGAAACGUCAUACAAAAUGGGUUAAUUUUUGUAAUGGACGAUACAGCUCACCAUACUCAGAAAAAGGAAAGGCACCAGAAAUCAUCUACACAGAAGAUACCACGUCGAGAGUUAGUUAUUGUCCACCGUCGAGGUUUCCCGAACUUAAUAAAAACCAGAAAACAACGAGAUAUAGUCAUUCACCUAACAGGGGAUCUGGACCAGUUAUAGGAAUCAUACCAAACCUGAAGCCGAUAAAGUAUAAACCAGUGAAAGAUGACUUUUAAAAGAUUAUUUCCAAAACGAAG